AUGAAGCGAUUCCUGAUGUGGGAACGCCGAAAGGCAAGCAGCACCUCUCAGUACAGGCUACAGCCCCUUCAGUGUCUACUUGAGAUCAUCCUUGCUGCGGCACGGCCUCUGACUCUUGACGAGGCCAACGUCGCCUUGUCGUUGGCUUUGGCAGAAGAGGAUUUCACAUCACACGCAGCCUUGGAGAAUGAUCUAUGGCCUAAGAAUAAUUUCGAAAGCAUUGUCAAAGGCCUAAGUGGCCUCUUCAUUAGCGUUCACGAUUCAAAGCUGUUCUUCAUUCAUCAAACAACAAGGGAGUUUCUCAUUGACCCUUCGGGUCAUGGUGCGUGGGAACGACGUUUGAGCAUGUCAAAAUCUUCCAGAACCAUAUCAAGAGCUUGUUUUCAGUUCUUGAUGCUCCCUGAUCUUCAUGCCCUUGUUGAGGACGGAAACCUUUUGGAUGGUGAUGGAUUUGACGAGAACUGUUGGGAUGAUGAUGAAUCUGACAAAAAUAACCCGAAUAGCCUUAUUUUGGAGCAACUGCCCCCGUUUUUCUGCUAUUCCACCGAUCACUGGUUGUCAUACCUUCUAUCUCAGGAAGUCACAGUCAUUGACGAGUCCCUAAAGGAUGCGCGUACACUUUGCAAUGGCCGCCAGGCAUGGGUGUGGUCAGCAGCCACUGGAUGA